AUGACAAACCUUCAGCCGCCCAAGACAGUCAAGGAUAUUAGAAGCUUCCUAGGACAUGCUGGAUUCUACAGGAGGUUUAUUAAAGACUUCUCACAGAUAGCAAGACCAUUAACACGCCUAUUAUGUAAGGACAUCAACUUUGAGUUCACACAGGAAUGUCACAAAGCUUUCACUAAGAUCAAGGAUGCAUUGGUCAGUGCGCCAGUGGUUCAACCCCCAAACUGGGAACUACCCUUUGAGAUAAUGUGUGAUGCAAGUGAUUAUGCAGUAGGAGCAGUGCUUGGGCAAAGAAAGGACAAGAAGCUACAUGUGAUCUAUUAUGCCAGCAGAACGCUUGAUGAGGCACAAUGCAAGUAUCUUUUAUCCAAGAAAGAUGCCAAGCCAAGAUUGCUGAGAUGGAUACUACUAUUGCAAGAAUUCGAUCUUGAGAUCAAGGAUAGAAGAGGAGCAAAUAAUGGAGUAGCUGAUCACAUUUCAAGAUGA